AUGGCUCCAGACAGAGGUCGCCUCUGGUGGCAGCGAAUCCUCGAAGAGUACGCCAUCGCCGCACCCAUAGCCAUCGGUGGCUUUUUCAUCGCGCGCUACAUAGUGAGCCAGAUCAACCUGGAUCCGGAGGCUGAUUCCAAACAGCGUGCCCAACUGGCAUCCGCGGCGAUCCUGCGUAGACUCGACGCGCCCGAUAAUGACCAGGGAUCCCCAUCCUCGUCUCUGAUUUUUGAUCGACCACGAAUGGAAGAUCUCCGUCUAUCACAAUACGAGCAGGUCAUUUUGCAAGAUUUGGUAUUCGCCGAAGACAUUCCAGUCUCUUUUGACGACAUCGGUGGUCUCAGUGACAUUAUUGAAGAGUUGCGAGAAACGGUUAUAUACCCUCUUACCAUGCCCGACCUCUAUGCCAGUACAUCCUCAUUACUGUCUGCGCCUUCUGGAGUUUUGCUCUAUGGUCAACCAGGAUGCGGAAAAACCAUGCUUGCCAAAGCACUAGCCCAUGAAAGCGGAGCAUGUUUCAUCAACCUACACAUUUCUACCUUGACCGAGAAGUGGUUUGGUGAUUCCAAUAAGUUAGUCAAUGCAGUCUUCAGCCUGGCAAGGAAGUUGGAGCCCACCAUAGUCUUCAUUGACGAAAUCGAUGCGGUGCUGGGUGUACGACAUAGCGGUGAACACGAAGCAAGUGGAAUGGUCAAGGCAGAGUUCAUGACACACUGGGAUGGUUUGGCAUCAGCCACUGUCACUGGUCGGCCUCAACGAAUAUUGGUUCUCGGCGCUACGAACCGGAUACAGGAUAUUGACGAUGCCAUAUUGCGGCGUAUGCCUAAGAAAUUCCCAGUCUCACUACCAGACAUGGCACAACGCCUCAAGAUAUUGAAGAUUAUGCUGAAAGACACGAAGAUUGAUUCCGAAAAUAUGGAUCUUGCCCAUCUAUCCCGAGUCAUGACUGGAAUGUCAGGCAGCGACAUCAAAGAAGCUUGUCGAGAUGCGGCGAUGAUACCUGUGCGAGAGAUGAUACAGCGGCAAAGACAGAGUGGGCAGCGGAUGCAACAAAUGAAGGCCGGAGACGUUCGAGGGCUUCGGACGAUGGAUUUCUUCCAAUCUACACCGGGCAACAAGAUAGCGAAACAGACCGAAUCGGGCAAAGCGUCACAGGACUGGAGCACCGAGUCAUCAUCGGCAGGGGAGGAUGAUAUGCAAGAAGCCGUCGAGCAGAUUGCAUCGACCGGGAUAGAUCCAGCCAGAUCACGACGACAUGCAUCUAUAGAUACUUAG